AUGUUAUUUGAGCCUCAUCAAUACGCCACAAAUACCUUAAUUUCAAAGCAACAAAAUAACAAUAAUAAGAUGCCAACAUCAGUCAAACAUUACUACGAUAGCGAAGAUGACGAUGAAACACUAGCCACUGCAAUUGAUGAUUUAUCAAGCUUAAUUUUAUACCCAACGCACUCAAAUCAAGACAUUGAAUCAUUUCAGGAUCAAAUGUUGGAUCCUACCAAUGUUCGUAUCUCCCAAUGUCAAAACACAUAUUUCAUGGACGGUGGAGUUCGAUUUAUUUCGUUACCAACCUUGGGCACAAGCAAUAACAAAGCAACAACUCCAAUUUCCCGUAUUUUUGAAGAAUGGCUAGCAAAUAAAUUAUACAGUCAUCCGAAUAAGAUGGUGGACCUCAGCAAUCAUGAUGAUGAUGAAAUGAUGAUAGAUUCACCGGAGGAUGAAAUGUAUGAUCACCGUUUACCCAUACUCGAAGAUAAUGUCGAGCUAUUAUCUGAAGACAUUGUCAACAAGUUCAAAUCAAGAAAGAGAGGUCUCCAUGGCCUUUCCAAUAUACUCAUCAAAGUUAGAACUGGCCAUGUCUAUAGCUACCAUCAAUUAGAGAAUGGCCAACCUCUCAUCACAGAAGACAUGGAAGAUUUUUUCCAGCAAUUUCCGCUGUUUGUGGAAAUCUUAAUUUAUGCGACACAAGAAGAAAAUACUGAUAAAGAUAUCAACUUCUUGUUAAUAACUGAAAACACAUCCUUAAAUCCUGGUGAUCCCUAUAAAAUUAUGGAAAAUAUUCAACUGUAA